AUGGCGUCGCAUGUAGCCUCGUUAGGACUCCAUUUGCACUGCGAUCGCUCGUCCAUUCACCACCCUCUCUCCUCGCCUUCGCCCCAUCUUCUUUCGUCCAUUCGACCGGUGACUAUUUCCGGAACCAAGCCCCGCCAUUCGCGACGUUCGCACAUCUCGCUCGCGUGCUCCCUGGUAACCAACUCAGUGGCCAGGCAAAGUCGUGCGUUGCUCACGACUACCUCUUCGCACUCUCAGACGGUCCGGUUCGGCUUAACAGCGGAAACCAUACCUGCACUUCUUCCCUCCCGCCUCUUUCUCUCCGGGGAUCAGCAGUCUUUAGUAGGUGGAGCGGUUGGGAAGCAGAACCGGCUGUGCGGCGUGAAGCGGCGGGGAGCGGUGCAGGCGCGGAGCUCUUGGCGGGAGGAUGGCUCUGCGGAGGGCGCGGAAGGCGCGCGGAUCAAGGUGGUGGGCGUCGGAGGAGGCGGAUCGAAUGCGGUGAACCGCAUGGUUAAGAGCGGCAUGCGCGGAGUGGAGUUCUGGAUCACGAACACGGACCGGCAGGCCAUGGCGCUCUCGCCCGUCGACGAGCCGCACCGCCUGCAGAUCGGCGGCGCGCUCACGCGCGGGCUGGGCGCGGGGGGGAAGCCGAGCAUUGGGGAGAGGGCGGCGGAGGAGAGCCGCGAGGGGCUGCAGAACGCGGUUAUGGGCGCGGACAUGGUUACCUCGCUCUACCAGUACCUCGCUCUCCACCCCUCCCCACCCUCCCCACCCUCCCCAUCCUCCCAACGCUCCCCACCCCGCCCUUCCUCUGCACGUCCCUCCCUUGUCCUUCCCCCUGCCCCUCUCCAUCCGCCACCUUGUUCCCAUUUCUUCACCACUCCCUCCCAACCCUCCCCCCCAUCUUUUCAGGCGGGCAUGGGGGGCGGAACGGGCAGCGGGGCAGCACCAGUCGUGGCGGAAAUCGCGCAAGCCCUCGGUAUACUCACAGUGGGCAUAGUCACGCUCCCGUUCACCUUCGAGGGGCAGCGGCGGCGCGUGCAAGCACUAGACGCAGUAGCAGCUCUGAGGCAACACGUGGACGCUCUGAUUGUGAUCCCCAACGACCGGCUUCUGGAGGCUGUGGAUAAGAGCACGCCUAUUAACGAGGCGUUCACUCUCGCGGAUGAUGUGCUGCGGCAAGGCGUGCGCGGCAUAUCGGAUAUCAUUCAGGUUCCUGGGCUAGUGAAUGUGGACUUUGCUGACGUCAGGGCAGUCAUGGCCAAUGCCGGCCCAUCCCUCAUGGGCGUCGGCGUUGCGCAAGGCAAGGACCGGGCACGCAAGGCAGCGCUGGGUGCGAUCCACUCGCCACUCCUGGAAGUGAGCAUAGAGCGCGCCACUGGCAUCGUGUGGAACAUCACAGGUCCCCCCGACAUGACGCUUCUCGAGGUGAAUGAGGCAGCGCAGGAAAUUCACCAGCUGGUGCAUCCAGACGCCAACCUGAUCUUCGGUGCUGUGGUCGAUGAAUCCAUGGCACCCAAUGUCAGCAUCACUCUCAUCGCAACCGGCCUUAAAGAACCGGGCUCGCAAUCUGAGCUUCCAGCAGCAGCAAGGGUGCUAGGAAGCCGAAUGCCCUUCCCCCCACAGCAGCAGCAGCAGCCACCGUACAGUCCACCACUCCCUCAACAGCAGCCAGGGCCGUCCUCCCCUCCCCCCAUCCCUGACUUUCUCCGACGACGAUCCCGAGGCCUCUGA